CGCUCGGAUUUGAGCCGGACUCCGGGGUGGCGGGGUGGGGGGGAGCGGAGGCGGGUCCGCAGACCCCGGGGAGCAAGGGUGUGGUUCUGGCCGGGGCGGCCGGUCGCCCGGGGUCUGUCACUGAGUCGCAACCCGCGGGUCGUGGCGGUUUACGAAGCUGACUGGCGGGCAGACUUGGGGUUCGGGCGGGAGGGGCUCCGCUUUUCGUCUUGCACCGCCGCCUCGCGGGCCCCUGCGUUAAAGUUUCUCCUCGGGACGGAGCCCCCGAGUCUCCAGAGCCGCGCGGGAAGGAAGAAAAGAGCUUUACAAAAUGUACAAUAAGGAAUCUUGUGGGAAAAAAGAGAAGUCUCGGAGAAAAGGUACUACCUCAUCAUCCAACUUUGAUGAAGAAGAUAAAAAAGAAAAAAAAACCUCGGUAAUAUCUGCCAAUUUGCCUUGCUGUGUAAGAUCAAUUUCAUCAGAGAAGAGAAAAUUGAAGUCUGAUCAUAAGCCCAUUCUAUACUGUAAUAUAAAAAGAAGACAAGAACCAAAAAGACUGAUUACAGAAGCUGAGACUCUAAGAAAGAAAUCAAAAAUUAGUUCUUCAUCUCAAGGACUUGUUAAAAUACAAGAUACAUCAUAUUCAAGCAAUAAUCAAAUUAUUCCCCAGAGCAUUUCUUCAAAUGGAACUAAAAAAGAUAUAAGUGAAGGUGUAGAUGCUAAAGAUAAUAAAUUGACAAAUAUCAGGAGUAAGUUUGACUAUGGAAUUAAAGACCUUAGUAGCACCAAGGUUGUCAAGGAUGUGAAACCUAAAGCUGAGGUCCAGGCAAGUGAAAGGAAAUGUUCUCACUUACUUGCUCAUAAGGAGAUUGUGAAAGACCUCCAGAAAGAAGGGUAUAGUGAGUUUAGGGACAGUUCUGAAAAAUGUGUUUCAGAGAAACACAAAAGUAUCCACUGCCCUCAGGAUUCUAGUUCCAACAAGACAAUUAAGGAACGCUUUGAAUUUAGAAGAAGGAAGAUAAGUUUUAAAAUUCCAGUGAAAUCACGGGAGACCCUUCAGAAGCUUAUAGAAGAAAAUGUCUUCAAUUCAGAUUCUAAUAAAUCAAGAAAGGAAGAGGAGAAAAACUGGAAUUUCCUGAAAAACUCUCAGGUUUCAAUAGAUUUGAGAAGGCACAGAAAUGAGCAGUUAUUUUCAGAUUCUACGUGUAACCAGACUGCUCAUGAGUGGAAAGGAAAAUAUGAGUAUCAAGAAAGCAGUAACUCAAGUUCCGGAGAAAGCCUAAUCCAGAGUUUUGAUGCAACAUGUACUUCAGUGUCACCUGAAAAUAUUGAAGAUACAGAUCAAGAGAUGCAGAUAGUAGAAGAGCUUCAUGCUGCUCGUGUGGGAAACAGUGUGGAUUUACCUUUGGUUCCACCCUCUGGCGAGUUAAUGAGUAUGGAGAUUGACUUGGAAGAAGAGGACAUUCAUUCCUCCACAGUCAAUACCACUUCAGACAGAAAACUUCUGAUUAUUAUUGACACAAACAUUCUGAUGAAUCAUCUCAAAUUUGUUAGAAUUUUGAAGACAACAGAAAUCCCAGGCUUUGACAGACUUGUGUUGAUUAUUCCUUGGAUUGUUGUACAAGAGCUAGAUCGUAUGAAGGUAGGAAAACUACUAAAACAUGUCCAGCACAAAGCCAUACCUGCAGUUCAUUUCAUCAACGACAGUCUCAAAGACCCAGAUAGAAAGCUAUGGGGACAGUCAAUACAACUUGCAUCUCAGAAAAUCUAUGGGAUGAGUGAUGAGAAUAACGAUGACCGAGUGUUGAAAUGCUGUCUUCAGUAUCAAGAGUUAUUCCCUUGUUCCCUCGUUAUUCUGUGCACGGACGAUAGAAAUUUAAGAAACAAAGGUCUAAUAAGUGGUGUGAAGUCUCUCAGUAAAGAAGAAUUGAAUGCAGAGUUUUUAAGCUUACCUCUGAACACAGAUAGAAGUCAUCAGCCUUGUAUAGCUAAGCAACAAUUGAAAGCAGAAGCAGCAAUUUUGGAGAAGAGCUAUGAAGAACAAUCCACGGAUUCUGGACUACCCAUUCAACUUGAAAACAUCAUAUCUGAUCUUGAGAAAUAUCUCGGAAUAGCUUUGUCUUCAAUAUUAGAAACAGAAAUGAAAAUUGCUUUUGGAAACCUCUGGAUGGAGAUACUGUACUUGAAACCACCUUGGACUCUAAUACAUUUAUUACAGUGCUUUAGAAAACAUUGGCUUGCUGUAUUUGGAUUAGUUGUGGAAAAGAACUUGCUUUUAAUCAUUGAUAAUCUAUAUGAUAACCUUUGUAAAGCUAACAAGUCAAUGGAUUUUGCAACAGUGAAAUUUCUGCUUCAGGAUUCUAAAAGUUUAUUACAUGCUUUCAGCACAAGGUCAAAUUAUGAUGGUAUUCUUCCACAGGCCUUUGCUCAAGUAAACAAACUACUCCAAACUUUUACAGAGGUCAAGUUAAAACCUAAGCAAAAUCCUUCAGAAAAUACAGUGGGUAAAAAAGAAGAAGAUACUUCUUUGAUCAAGUCUAAUAGCCAAGAAGUUGCCAUUUUCUCUGGUUCUCAAAUUCCCCAAAUGAAUAGGCAUCAAGAAAUCUGGUCUACCUUAGAAAAUGUUUGGAUUACAUUAUAUCAGAACAGCACAGAUGUAUUUCAGAGAUUGGGCUCUAAUUCAGCUCUUAGCUGUUCAAAAAUAUCAUUUGAAGAAGCAUUUAUAUAUCUCCAAAAGUUAAUGGCAGCUGUGAAGGAUAUUCUUGAAGGAAUUCAGAGGAUUUUGGCCCCAAACAGUAACUAUGAAGAUAUUGAGACCCUCUAUAAUUCCCUAAUCAAGUAUGAGGUAAAUAAAAAUGUCCAGUUUACUGCCCAGGAACUUUACAAUUGUGUUUCACAGACAGAGUAUCGGGAGAAGCUAACCAUUGGCUGCCGCCAACUGGUUGAGAUGGAAUAUACAAUGCAGCAAUGCAAUGCAUCUGUCUACAUGGAGGCCACAAAGAGGGGAUGGUGUGAAGAAGACAUGCUCAACUACAACACUUAAAUGCUGAUUUGUUAGUUAAAAGGAAUUGCAUAUUUUCAACAGCAGAGUAGCUGUCCAUCUUUUGAGUCCAACCCAAGAGAUGCCUAUCUCACAGGUACUGCAAAAUGAUUUAUCUCAUUGAGGCUCUAAAAUUGCCUAAUGUAGCCAUUGUGAGAUAAAACUGUAUUCAACUCUUUCGGAGUUGACACUCUCUCCCUACCUCUACUCCUGAUACCGAGCCAGUAUGCCUAAGGAAAAGAGAACUAUCUUUUCCAUCAUCUUAGGGCAGGAACCACUGUAGCAUCCAAGGAAGGCAUCUCAUGACCUUCUAUACAGGCACCAGAGACACUUCCAAACAGGAAAAAAUCAGCACAAGCUCACAAUUCUACAGCUAGACCCAGUGAACACCACAUGCUACUUUUCUUCCACUGAGAUAAUGAGACUAAAAUUUUGACUUCAGGCCCAACUUGCUCUAUAGCUUCGUCUUCUUCCCUGGGGUUGUCCUUUGACUGCAUUUCUGAUGAGGUGAGCAGUUAAGACUCAUGCUUAUGUAUAAAGCACCUUCAGUGUAAAGCAGCCUGGAUUUAGGGGAUUAAGUAGCAGUGACCAACAACAGUUGAUCCCAGCUGAAACAAGUAUUCCACUGACGUUUCAUUAUACAGUGAGUUGGAAAUCCUUAUUUACUGGAGUAUAUUCUACUUCUGUUACAUCAAAUUAAAUCCACUUUUGGGUUUUGCUGUUAGCUCAUUUUUUAAAAAAGCAAUAAAUAAUUUAUUUCUACGAA